CCAUUAGUUAUACGUUUCUUUUAUUUAUAUUACUCAUACACCGCACUCCAGAUAAUUGGAAUACCAAGCAAUUAACAGGCAAACUAUAAAACAAAACAAAAUUCUUCGUAAUUCUUAUUAAAUUAAAAUAUCUGCAAAUAUUUCUCAAGCAAACAUUCAUUACUCACUCCUGCCAACGAAUAAUUUAACCUCAUUUUUUUCAUUUUCUCAAUUAAAAUUCAAAAGUCAGCACUUUCUUCUGAAUGAAACGUUCUCGCAGCAGCGUUCAUACCUGAAAGCAACACCUGCAUUGCUUUUGUUCAUCCGUGUUCGCUUUGUUUAUUUUUUUUUUUUCGUUCUUCUGUUAACUUUUGGCGUCAAACGAAAAUUAAACAAUGCGCCGAGGCCUCGACGAAAUACAUAUUUUUCUAAAUUUAACAUAAUUAAAAGAAAAUUGGAAUUAUAAUUAUUUCAAGUGCUCUAAGAAACAAAAAUACGAACUAAAAUAAAUAAAUAACAAUAACAAUAACAACAAGAAGAGAAGUGUUGAAUUAAUACAACUGUGUGUGUGUGUGUGAUAAAAAUGUGUGGGAAGUAAAGAAAGCAAAAGCAAAGUAAAAUAAAUACGAAUCGCAAACAAAAAUGUAAGAAAGUGAAAAAUAAAUAUUGUCCGCACCCCAAGAAGCCGAACAAAUCAAUAAUGCCGCCGGUGACCCUGAAAGCAAAGAACUAAUCCCCAUUACCCUCCUCACCUUCGAAUUUGAAUUAUUAAAAAAAAACACAAAAAGUGCCUCACAAAAAAAUAUGGAUGAUAAACCUCCACCCAAUCCAACGAACUCCAAAUCUCAAUACAAUGCCGACAAACAAACCGAAGCCGGGGCCGGUGCUGCCGGCAUUACAAAUCAAGAAUUUCGUCAAAAUCAUCCCCAACCUCAGGCAACACGACCACCUCCUAUGCCCCACGAGCUAACGGCCGAAUGGACGGUGAGAGCUCAACUGCGUUUUGCCCGGGCUGGCGAAACGGUGCGCAAAGAUUUUAGCACAAAUGAUCCCAUAAAUCCCGUACGAGUUGUAUACAAAUGGACCACACUGGAUGCAGAUGGCGCGGAGGUGCCGCAACAUUCUCAACACCAGGAUGAUGAUGAAAAGCACUCAAAUGUUUUUAAACGCAAUUCAUCACGUUCAUCGGGCUACUCUCAUGAUCCGGCUAAGACUACUAAACCUUCAAAAAUACCUCAAAAACAGGAAAGUUUUCGUUCGACAACAUCAUCGACAACGGGUUUUGGGGGUGGAGAUUCGGCCUUUAGUGGUUCGAAUACCUCACAUCACAGGGCCAGAGCUGAGGGGAAUUCGACGGAGUCCAACAAACCCUAUUAUGGUACCCGGUGUCGCAGUACUUGCAAUAUUAUUGUAUCGGCUGUGGCAGACUUUUUGCCGCCCCCCGGCAGUAAUGGAGACGGCGCUGAUGUUGAUGGGGGUGCUGGAGGAGAAGAAGGCCAGCAUCAUAUGCGGCGGCAGUUUGUACGUGAAGAGGAACCCGAUCCAUUUGUGUUUAAUACCACGGCCUGUUAUACCGUUUUGCCCGAAAAGUCCUUUGAUGAGGACUCAUGUCCCCAGACUCCAGUAUCAAAGACAGGGAAAAUCCUAAACCUAAAGGAUGCCGUCUGCCAGACCAGUGACACCGAAACGAAAUAUUUCGAGGAAUAUGAACACAAACGUUUCAAGCAAUCACACAGCCCCCUGGAGCGAAGGGACUCCCGGCGUUCCUAUGAUCACCGAAGGGCCACCGCCGAGGCAUUACUGCAAGCACCCAAUCGAUAUGGAAGUGGCGCCCACGAGGGAAACACAUUUAUGCCUUCGUAUUUAUCCUCGCCCACCAAUCCACAGGCAUUUAAAUCGGCAUCUAUGCCACGCAUACCCUCCACCGAAGGCGAAGAUGUGUCCAUGGGUGCUAAUUUUGGGCCCCUGGGGUCUCUGCCGGCAUUCAUGGCCUCCAACAAGACAAUGCAAUCCGGCACCGAUGGUCAAAAAAAACCUCGCACCGUACACAUAGAUGUCUACUGUACCGGUUCCGAGGAUGAAGAUCAUGCCGAUGCUGAAUCAAGUUCCGAAUCAGAUGAUAAUCGACGACAUGAUCAGGAAUCCAAUUCGACAUUUCAAACUGUGCUGGAUAAUGAGCAAAUGCGUUUGAGGCAUCAGCGAAUGAGCGGUGGAGCCUUGCCACGAAGACUGGCCACCAAUCAGCAGCAGCCGCAUCAACAACACCACCCUCAUCAACAACAUCCGAAAUUUUCUUCUGAACAAAACUCCUCUUCGCGUCCCAGUGACCCUGCAAGUCCUCUCAUAUCUGGCGACUUGCAAUUGGGCCAUGGCAUUACGAAAUCCAGCACCACGGAAGAGGUCAAUGAAUCCAAGCACAUUCUCUUCCGCAAACACAUUGGUGACCAAAGGGCUAUUAAAUUGGCCAAUUUAAGGCAAAAAUAUUUGCGGCAAUCCUCCGAGGAUGUGGCCAGUUUGGGUUAUCCCAGUUCCACAAGGUCCACAGUGCUUGACAAUACCUGCAGCAGCAUGUCCAGCGUUUUAGCGGGGCAUGAUGUUACCGAUUCCCACUGGAGGGAGACGGCGGAGGAUAAUGAAGAUUAUUCUCUAACCAAAUCGGAAAGCUUUGAAUAUGAAAAUGCCUUGGAUCGUUUGAGAAUCCGGCAAAUGGAACGCCUGUGGUCCAGGAGUCAUUCAAAGGAGGAAGAAGCUACUCAGCAAAAUCAACAAAUGUCCCAUCAAACUCAUCAUCAACAUCCGCAUGCGGGGCCACAUUUGCAGACAAUUGCCGAAAACAAUAACAACAAUCAUAGAAGUCUACAGCGGGAUGAUACUUUGCCCUCCGAAUCGGAUUUCAAUUCUGAAACUGACCACUUCUAUAGCUAUCCUCUACAAACAAUGCAACAUCAACCCCAACCGCGCACCAAUUCGCCUGCAUUUCAGCAAACCCAGCAUUUUGCCAAAAAUCGUCCCGGAUUUUUACAUUUCUUUGGGCCCCAAAAUGAAAACCAGCUACAUCCGCCGCCACCACCACCGGACCAACCAAUGUCAGCACCCAUAGAGGGCUCACUGCUCUAUCCCAACUAUCAGCCCAGUUUGCAGAGAUGGAAAAGUGAGACACGUGAAAAUCUCUCCACCUCUGGCACUCCGGCCCUAACACCAACCGAACUGAGUCGUCACACCUCACCACAACCUCCAAGUUUUCAACGCAGCGGCAGUGAGGCUCCACCCUCAACCACCAGUGCCAGCACCUUUCCCACAGCCACUCCCACACCGGCCAGACGUUUAGAUUUAUAUCAAACCUAUCGACAAAGUCCGGCCAUGAGUGAGGCCUCCACUGGGCUGCCACCACCCGGUUACUCCUCGGAAUAUUUGGAUAAGGCCAGUAAAUUUGGCAAAGUUGUGGCUGCCCGCAAGCCAGGACAUCAUGUUGGACCCACGAAAAAUCCCAAUUGUUCCUGUGAAAGUUGUCAACGUUGGUUGGCCGAACGUUUUCAGGUUCGAGGUCGUGCCUUUUCGCUGGGCGAAUCACCGGUGCUGAGGAAAACCAAAUGAGAGGCGGCUACCCUUAGCUAACAUCCAACGAUACCGCCACUGCCAUAAGGAAUACAAAAUUGAAUUUCUAAGUCCUAUUAACCACAUUUUGUGCAUUUACCAGCAUCCGUCUUUAUUUAAAUGUUUGAAAAUUAAAAUAAAAAUAUAUUUUUCAAAAAAUAUAAACAAAUCCAAAAAAAUUAAAGGUUAAUUAAACGCCUAGC